UAUAUAUAUAUAUAUAUGCAAACAUACAAUGUAUUCCAACGAAGACUUUUGGAUGUUAUCAUAGGCUUUAAGGGAUGGUGAAACCGUGUAAAGGGGAAAUAUAUCUUAGGAUACAUGCCUACCUGUAGAAAAUCUACCACUCUAUAGGGCUGGGUAACCCCAAUAGGUGUCCCGGCAAGUUUUCUGAGCAAACAAAUACACAUUUCCACAAUUUUAUUUUUGGGAGUGGGGUGGGGGGCAGAAUCAUCUCCAACGUGAUUUUAAUUUAGAAAAGCUGUUUCAAAGUAUUAAAUAUGUGAUCAUAUUCCAAUGUAAUCAAGGGUUGAAAUGAAUGUUUUUGUCUGUUUCGGGUUCUUCCAGUCAAUUUGCAUUUUACAAAUGAUUUGUAAUUAUGUUCUGGCACCCCAACCAUCUGCUCAAGAAACAAAUUGGCAUAUGGAUGAAUGUAAUUAGAGACCCCUGCUAUAGGAUAAUGAUUUGUAUUGCAUAAUAAAUCAUUUCAGGAAUGUUUUUUUUUUCAGGUUAAGAUGUAUCAAUACAUGAAUGUGUGUAAUCCUUAAGGAGUGUUUUUUUUUAAUGGACUCCUGCAACUAUUGCAGAAUGAAGCAUCAGCAUCAAAUGAAGUAGUGGUUUGUGCUGAGUUCUCAGGCAUCUCCUCCUUUUGUACUGCAACUCUCAGGGCAACAUGUUCUCACUUUCCAGAACACCCUCCAACACAAACACCUAAACACUAAAGCCUAAAUGUGAUUUUUUUUUCUUUCUUAGAUAUAUAUAGAUAUUUAUCUUUAUAGGGGAUGUGUUUUUGUUGCAUAGUUCUUCAGUGGUUCAAUGAUGUGAAAGCUUGAGAUCGAGAACCGUGAUUGUAAAAAUGUUCAAUGUAAUCUUGGGAAGGACUAUAGCAUCUUAUUCAUUUCAUUCAACACCAUUACUUUAGAUGCAUUUGAAUUUAGACUUUCUAUAGACAAUCUUUGUAAGGUAUACAAUAUGUGUAAAUGAUUUGUGUGGGGAAAAAGUCAUUCAAAUGAAUUAUUUUAUUGAAUUGUUAGCUCUUUUUAUUAGGUUGUGGUGUUAUUUGAUUCAUGUGCACAACCUGUUUCACAUGUGUCAUCAGAUGUUAUGUGAUUUACAGUUUUCAAUCAAAUUGGCACAUUUCUUAGAUGUAAGUGGUCUAUUUUCAAAACUCAAACUGAUAACACUUGUAAUGCCCCCCUAUCUUAUGUUCAGAACCUUUGAUGUUGCAUUCAUUGGGGUUUCACACAUCUUCCACCACUGACUCAUUUAUGCUAAAUCAAAGGUUUCCAUUAAAUAGUAUGAGCACAUUUAGUUUAGUCCCCAAUACAUCAGAUAAUGUUAUACUCACAAUUUAAUCAUUUUAACUACCAUUUAAUCAAAUGUCAAAAAAUACAAGAUACACAUUUCUAGUUUUAACCAGUUAUCAAACUAUAUAUGUAAACUACACAUUUCUAGUUUUAACCAGUUAUCAAACUAUAUAUGUUAAAUACACAUUUUUGGUUCAGUAGUUUGUGAUCGUUUGUUAACGAAUGACAAAAAAAUCAUAUCAAAAGUAAAGUGAAUAUUGCAUUUUGAAAGCAGAUGGAUAGAUUGAAUAUGUAUCUGAAUUGAGUGAUUUGGUGCAGUGAAUUGUGAUUUUGGUUAUGUUUAUUCUACUCAGUCAGUUGAAAGUGUUCUUAGAGUUUUCAAAAUGUACCACAUAUUGUGAAAAUUGAGUGAUAAAAAAACAGUGUAGCUAAUAUGAAAUAUUGCAUAGUUUAAACUUGGUGUUGAUGUAUUAUUUCGACUACUAUGUUGUCUUGGAUUUGUUUGUUUUGUAAAAAAUAAAUAUAGAUUUCCAAGGGGAAAACUGUUCCCAAUUAACAGAUUUGUGUAUUUAUUUAAAAUGGCAGAGAGUAGUUCUAGCCAUCCGUACAUGAGUGUUUUGUCUGAUGGAUCCAGUCAUCCGAUCCAGUAGAGGGCACCAUCUCGUCAAGGUCAUAUGAGUGUAAUUGUCUGACUAGUCUCGCGAGAAUUUUCGAAUCUUUUUUUUGCGCGAAAGAAAUUCAGCAGAUCCGCAAAAAAAACAUCACAAGCAGCUGGCGUGCAAACUCAUCGUUUGCUACUUUUGCAUAACCAUUGUUUUGAGUGUUAUUUUGCAAAUUGUAUGUAUACAACUAGCUAAUAGCUUACAUUUUCAUCUUUGAACGAUCAAUCAUCAUGAGUAAGAAAAGCCAAAUGGCGAAGAUGCUCAAACUUGUGCAAUAUGAGCUUGUUGAGGGUCCAUCAAAAGAUACACAGGAAUCUAAAGCAACGGACAGUCAUAUUUCCCCAAAUGUUUCUACCAUUGAGAAAGCCAGUUUCCUUGAUGAGUGUGAUACUUAUGGUAACCCACUGCACAGCACUGCCCUUGAGGAAGAUUUCAGCCCCAACUUGGCUCAAAACAAAGAGGAAGUGGUGAAGGAGGGGGCAGCUAAGAGAAGAUGGGGCCCAUCCAAAAAGGUUAAUAGUGUGACCCCAAAAAGACCCACACUGUCUGGGAGAGGUCAGACCAAACGGAGAGCUAGCAAAGUGGUCCAGCCAAAGGGAUCUCAACAGAAAAAUGUCAAACCAAAAGCCAGGCCCCAAAAAGAGAUUGCAGAAGGGGCAGGUGAAGAGGAUUUAACAGAAGCUCAGAGCGGGCCUGCUGCACCACAGAAAAACGCAGUCAGAAAGAAACAGGACACAGAAGUGGAUGACUCGAGGUCAUCGGGCGAGGAGGAGGAAGUUGAGGUGUCUGCUCCGGGCUCCAGUCCUCAACUUAUUCAUAAGAAACGUAGAACAUCCCUGUCUUCAGAGAAUCUGACGGAUGAGGAUAUUAGUUGGAAUCCAAUUCAGAACAAGGACAAACCAGACGAUGUGCGAAAGCACAGGAAGUCCUCAGUUGAGAGGGGUUCGCGGGGUCCGAGGGGGAGUUCGCUGGGUACGAGGGGGAAGUCCUCCUCAGGAAGUGCUGGUCCUUCCAAAAAAGACCAGCAGAAACGAAGGAAUGUAAAAAAUCCCACUGAUCUUGAUGUGGUGUUGGACUCAUUUUUGGAAUUCGUGUCAGAGUAUAUGGAUGCAGUGGAAUCUAAUGCAGUAUUGCAGGCAAUAGAUGCUCUCUCAAGCUCUUUUGAAGAUCAACUCACAGAGAAGAUAACUGCUUCAAAGGAGAUAAAAUUCCUGAAAAGGGACAACGCAAAGAUGAAUGCUGCCAUUAACCGUAAGAGAGCCAGGUUGCUCGAGGCCAAAAAUGAACUUAUAAGGAGUGAGGCCCAAUUGAGGGCCCUGCAGAAGGACCAGUCUCGACUUGAGCAGAGGCUAACAGACAUACGGAAGGGAACCACUUUCUUGAAGGAUCUGGGUCACCUGCACAAGAGCUACCUGGACCAUAGAAUAGCCCACCCUAACCAGGUAGAGGAGUAUGGCCCCUCCAGUCUACCAGCUCUUCUCCUGGAGGCCCGUGAUGUGCUGGGGACUGAAGAUCAGCUGAAGACUGUCAACGAGAGGCUGCAACAGGCUCUGGACAGAGUGGCUCACAACAAGUGAGCUCCAAGUUGCAAACUAAAUGGUGUAAAUGAAUCAUUCUUCAAUCUCAUUUGCGUGUGGACCUGCUACACAAUUUUUUUUAAAUGAAUAAUCCUGCCAAUUAAACUUUGAGGGGCAGAUGCAUGCUCUCAUCAAGUACAAUAGUUUGAGCCUGUCUUUAUGUUCUACAGGUAGUAUGUUCAUGAUAUUUGGAGAUACUGUAUUGGUUGUAUCUGAUAAAUUAUGCUACACUCUUUUAAAGUGUUGAUCCUUUUGAGAUUUGUAUAUUAAAUCUCAAGUAAGGUAUGUGUUUUAAAAUAAAUGUUUCAGUAAUGAGUA